CUCCGCUAAAAACAAAAACUACAUAAACACAUCAGCUGGUGGCAGUGAGUGUGUUUGCUCUAUCGCAACUUCAUGCUGAGUAAAUAUAGUUUUCGUCGUGUUGUCAUAAUCGACACCGACGUCGUUAAUAAGACAAACAGCGUGUGAGAUAUUAUAAAGUGACAGCUAACAGCAGCUAAAUAUUCUCCUGUCAAAGUGAUCUGAGCUGAGCUACCGGGGCGGGGACAUUGUGCAGCACUAUAAAUAGUGUGACAUUAUGGGCAACACAAGCGACCGGGUGUCGGGAGAUCGCCAUGGAGCCAAGGCCCACCGCUCAGACAGCAGUGGCAGUCACAAAGACCAUGAUCACAGCAGUAAGAUGGUGGACAGCACAGAUGACCCCAACAUCUUUAACACCCAUGGGCCAGAGUCCAAGGCGACAGGAGAGAAAGAAUUCACCCCAGAUCUGGAUGACCUGGUGAAAACUGGUCCUCAGGCUCGACCCACUGUCAUCCGCUGGGCCGGAGGGGGGAAGGAGGUCUACAUAGCAGGUUCCUUUAAUAACUGGAACACCAAGAUACCACUAAAUAAAAGCCAUAAUGACUUUGUAGCAAUCCUGGACUUGCCUGAGGGAGAGCACCAGUACAAGUUUUUUGUAGAUGGACAGUGGGUCCAUGAUCCUUCAGAGCCGGUGGUAACCAGCCAGCUCGGCACCAUCAACAACCUGAUCCAGGUGAAGAAGUCUGACUUUGAGGUGUUCGAUGCCCUGCAGGUUGACUCUCUGGAGUCAGACACAUCAGGUCAAGAUCUGUCUAGCUCCCCUCCAGGUCCAUAUGGACAGGAGCAGUACGUCUUUAGACCUGAGGAGCAUUUCAAAGCCCCGCCAAUACUCCCCCCUCACCUCCUUCAAGUCAUACUCAACAAGGACACCAACAUUUCUUGUGACCCUGCCCUGCUACCGGAACCCAACCACGUCAUGCUGAAUCACCUGUAUGCCCUCUCAAUAAAGGAUGGAGUGAUGGUGCUGAGCGCGACUCACCGAUAUAAGAAGAAAUACGUCACAUCUCUGCUUUACAAGCCUAUUUAAACCUCACCUCGGGGGCUCCGCAGUGCUUUUAGAGAGCGGCAUGUUGUUUAGUUUUUUUGUUUUGUUUGUAUCAUCACAUUUAGCUAAAUCUUACACUGAAACGAGUUUACAGGUGAGUUGACUGUGGCUUUGUUUUAAAAAGGUUGCACUUCUGUCUACAUAGGGCUCUGAUUUUUAAAAAAGUAGCUAAGCGUGAGUUGGGUGAGAUGAAAACCAUACUCUGGCUUUUUUUGAGUGUGUACCUAUAACAUCUACAGACAGAUAAGAGACUGACAAAAUCACUGUGUGUGAGUGUUUGCUACACCUUAUGCAUGUCGGUGUGUUAAAAAUGGAUUUUACAUAUGAAGAGGCACAGUGAGGCAGCACAGACCUGUCAUGUGCUGCAUUGACUGAUAUUUCAUUGAUGGUUCCUUUUUAAAGGAAGCUCUCAUUAUGUGAGGGAUUUUUGAGUGUUACUGAUGAUUUUAAAAGUGUUCUUGAGCUGACUCAAUUAAGUUUUUAACAAAUUGACGGUGUAAUUUUGGGCUGUAGUGCAUGCGUGCAGAAUAAGAGAGUGACUUAAUCCGGCCCACAGUCAGGGUUUAGGUACUGCAGAGAGCAGUAGACUUGCUUGAACGUUUAAGUGCAGAAACCUGAAGGUAGACUCAGACUCAUGAUGUCUGUGCUUGUUUAGGAGGCAGCAGCGAACAACUUCUGAUGUUGUCCAUAUUACAGAUUAUGUUGUUUCUUCAAAGUUGAGCCGUAAUUCAGUGAAAUCUCCAUGAAUUCAUCCCCAAGAUUCCAAUUUUGUUGGUCAAAGGUCACUGUUUGGUUCUGCUGUUGCCUUUAUCUUUUCAUAACGUUGCUAGCACUUUACCAUCCUGUGAGCAGGAGUGUUCAUAUAAGCUUUAACUAUGCAGCCUGACAACUCUUGUACUGUAGUUUCUCUGGAUUGUAAAUCUAAUUUGUGCUCAUUUUCAUUUUUAGAUAUUCAGACCUUGCAGUGCUUUAUGUGUGUGUGUGUGUGUGUGUGUGUGUGUGUGUGUGUGUGUGUGUGUGUGUGUGUGUGUGUGUGUGUGUGUGUGUGUGUGUGUGUGUGUGUGUGUGUGUGUGUGUGUGUGUGUGUGUGCGUGCGUGCGUGUGUGCGUGUGUGCAUAUGUGUUGAGUUUGUAUUUAUCAAACUGGAAUGUACUGUAUGUAUCUAUUAUAUGUAUCGUCAUGCACAAAUGUGUGUACACUCAGACAGCUUCAACUUGUUGCUUUGCAUGUAUUGAAUGUGUGCAACAGAUCUGAUGUACUGCAGAUGAAUUAAGAGGGCUAUAAGGGCGAAUUUAAAGUUGUACAAUCUUUGCUCAUGUGUGUUCUUUUUAACUAUUUAAGCUAAUCUGUGUUUUGAGGUACGGUGGCUUUGAAACAUGUGAAAGUAAUUUUUUUCUCACUUGUCAGUCUUGAUGUUUAAUGUUCUGCGGUUACAGUUCAGUAUAUACCCACAUGAUAUGAUAUGUUACAGAAAUGUAAAAAGGGGCUUUUAUAAAUCCAUUUAGCGUUUAACGAGACGCUCUGAAAGUAUUUUGUCAAAGUGGAGCCUUGCCAUGAAGCUUUUUUGAAGACUUGCAGACAUGAUAAGGGAGAACUGACUAGUGUCGUAGUGUAAAGGCUAAAACCAAAACUUGAAUUUUACAACCGUUUCAUGAAUGUUUUAAAAAUGCUUUGCAAAGUAAAUAAGUGUGAUUCACUGUACAAGGUUGAACUUGUUUGCAAAUAAAGAGAACAGGCUGUUCCUGG